AUGAUCAGGAGCUACUUUGACCUCUCCGACAUUCUGGCCAAUGAGGAGACUGUCCCUGUCGUGUUUCUCGUGCCAUCAUUCAGUCUGGGAAAGGACAUCCAUGCACGCACUUCCGAGGGUGAGACAGUUGAAGAAGUGGGGCCAGGAAGUAUCGCCACAAUUCCCCUGUGGGUUGCUGUGGCGCUGCGUCAAGACGGCUAUCUCGUCCCGCAGGUGCCACCUCGCUACACAACUUCUGUGUUUCGUGAGUUCAAGACAGAUCCCCUUGCGGCCAGUCUUUACGCAAAGUCGCCAUAUUACUACGAGGCGGGACUUCUGCUAUGUGCGAUGCUUCCAACCAACGAGGGCAACCGUCUCGCGGCGCAGCUUUUCCGUCUGUACCAGCUGCGGUAUCUCAAAGUUAUUCAUGCAGCGGCGAAGAGAGGCUUUGAUUUGAGUGAUGUGCGCGAGAAGUUGUGCGAGAGUGAACGGAAUCUCUUGGACACGCUGCUCCGUGGUAUGGAGGAUGAACGUCAAUGGCAUCAGAGUGUGUUUUGA